CGGAGCGCCGAGGACACUCCGGCUCCGGAAAGGCUCUGCCUCGCGCGACUGCAGUGACUUGAAAUGCUUGAUUUACAAGUGCAUUGCGUCUAUCAAGUGCUGUCUAGUGUACUAUACAGCCUGUGAAGUUUUUCGUUGCCUUUUCUAGUCCAUGCGUCGGGACCAUCGGAAGGGACGUGCUUUGCGCCAACCCUGGUGUACCGUGACUUUCGCCUCGGAAUUACGGUCAGCCCGGUCGGAAUUCCAAUCCCGUCCGCUUUGAAAGUGCCAGAAGUCCCAGCUCUGGCUGCAGCUCGAGAGACCUGAGCGCGUCAUUUGUGAACACGAGUGGUGCAUACCGAGUGGUACCACCGCGAAUCUUGCAGAGCCGGUCCACACUCGGCCCAUCUAGAUCAAGGAUGGUGCAGGGAAGCGCGUUACGAUGGCAAACCCUGAUGGUGCUCAUCGGGGUUCUUCAUAGCCUGUUCCAUCCAGCCCUGUCUGCGGACUUCGUGCAAUUGGCCGAGUAUGACCCGAGCCGGGACGUUGGGGCGCCUCCCGGCACCGUCUGGCACAACGGCUCCUACCACUACAUGCCGGCGCCGCCCGGCACCAGGCCGCCCUGCGCCCGCAACGGCAUGACCUUUUGCAGCGAGAUCCCCAACUACCCCUCGGAAAUCAUCAAGCGGCUUCUGGUCAAUUGGAAGUACGAUUUGUCGUCGGUGUUCGUCAGUGAGAACAGUGACACGCUCACCAGCUCACCGCCGCAGAGCGACGCCCAAAGCCCGUCUUCAUCGAAUCCCCGAAGCUACCAGUCGCCCUUCGCUGCCCGCGCCCGCCCAUCGCCGACCCAGCCCAAGGCCAGUCGGGACCGGCCGCCAAUCAACUUCAAGGCCGCCGAGCUCAGCGCCAAUCAGGGCUCGAUCCAGCGUACGGCCGGCGGUUUCCUCUACUCGGCCCCGCCUUCCGAACAGCAGCGCAGCCAAUCGGGGUACGGUUUCUCCAUCGCCCGCCAGAAGCGCCAAGCGGACUCCUCCGAAGGUUCUCAGCUCUGCCCCACCUCAGGCCAGUUCGUCACGCCAAAGGCGGGGCUUAACAACCGCGGCGAGUGGAGGUUCGUCGUCAACAUGGAAGAGCUAGACGUGCGCUACACUCAGCUGGUUCGCGCCGAGCGCUGCAUAUCGGACCGCUGCUUGGGUCUUUGCACAGUUCCUGCGGGCAUGGCGGCCACGUGCCAGCAGCAGUACGUGCAGAAGAAGAUGGUGGGCCUUGACCCAAGUGGCUCGCAAGUCUACACCGACCUUUACUGGAUACCGCACUGUUGCGUCUGUCAGAUUAGCUAGCCGCCGG